CACCGGAGGUUCUAAUUUACGGGGCCUUAGCCCAUAGGGGCACAUAGACAAAAUGAAAACUACGAGUAGCGUUCGAAUUGGUAUGGAAGGAGGUAAGGUGGUCUCCGCUUCAGCUUCCGUCUCCGAUCAGUCAUGUGGUGGUUGUGGUCCCUCUGCCGCCGCCGCCUCCUCCUCCUCCUCCUCCUCCUCCUACCAGUCUUGUGGUGGUUGUGGUCCCUUCUCCGGCCUUAUCAUUUGCGUCUCUGGACUUUCUAAAGAAUCAAGGAAGCAAGUUAUGGAAGCCACAGAGAGAUUAGGUGGAAAAUACACCCCUAAUUUGCAUCCUAAUUGCACCCACUUGCUGGUCCAGAGUCUUGGUGGACACAAACUAAAACAUGCAUUGAAUCAUGGUUUCAGAAAUAAGCCUUUUGUUGUUACUCUUGGUUGGUUUAUUGAUUGCGUCAACAACAAUGUCAAGUUAGAUGAAUUACCCUAUACAUUUUCGAGUGUUGCACAACCCGGCUUCCCAAUCGAUGAAACUGUGGUUCUCAGUCCAACUGCAUUUGAUGAUGCUUCUAUUUCAGCAAGUGGAGGAAACAAAGGAUCUCAUUUAUUUGGCCACUCUAUUUACAUUGACUUGGAUGUUCCUGCUGAACUGCAUAAUAAGGUGGUUGAUGUGGCUACUCGAGAAGGUGCUGUGCUUGUCGAUCAAUGGUUUGUUGGUUGUGGUGCAAGCUAUGUUGUGUGCGAGGGGUCAUCCAUUCAAAGAUAUCUUGGGCACAGUGAUAACAUUGUUAGUCCUAUAUGGGUUCUCAAGACAUCUACAGAGAGAUCUAUGCAACGAUUCGUUGGUUUGUCUGCUGAUCUAGCUAGACACAUGGGAGUGAUGCUUGAAAACCUGCAAUGUUCAACUACAAGACAGGAUUUGAAUGAAAGGUGCCAUGAGCAUAUUCUGACAAGUGAUAGAAGAAAACUGAGCCAAAAAGAAAGGCUGCAGAAUGCGAACCUUGCAAAAUGCGGUGUUAGAAAUCGACGUGCCCGGCGUCUGCAGCCAUGUCACGUACCCUUGCGUCCAAUCAAUCCUAGCAGCCUUCUAGACUCACUCUGCUGGUCUAUCUCUGAGCCAUCUUCCAGAGCUUCUGUAUAUGCAGACUCUCUUAAAUCCAAUAAUGACGUUGAGAUCCACAAACAUGGACUUUCUGCUGGAGGAGAUUGUAUUGAAUCUGAAGCUUCAUUCUCAAAUUUAUUACGACCACUUAAAGAAAGUGAGAAAAAUGAGUUAGUGUUUAAAAACCACUUCCUUACGAUAUUGUAUCCAGUUGAUCGAUUUGCGGAGUUGGGCCCUUCCUCAAGGACAUAUUUUAGUGAUACGGGAUUUACUUGUCUGCAGUUGCUGGAUUUUAUAUAUGCCUUCUACCAGGAGAAUAUGUCAGAUGAUGAAAUAGAGGUUGCAAUUCACACUGACUCAAGGCAUGCUGAUCAGCUCCGGUCAGUUUAUUGCAGCGAGAGGACAGAACUUGGUUGCGUGAUGGACAAGCGCAUAGAAUUCUUAGGUAGCCGGAAAAGCUUUGAAAUGUUGAAACGCGUAAGUGGGGAUAACAAUAGCAAUGUCUAUGAGCUUUUAAUAAGAGAAUAAGACAGUCAUGUACCCUAUAGUGUUGGCUAGCAAGUUUCUGUAUGAUUUUAAUUUAAAACUUUUGAUGUACAAUACACGUAGGAUUGUACAACAACUUGGACAUUGUAAGUUAUCUUAAUCACAAAAGCUCAUUCAUUUUAAUCAAUUUUAAA